GCGUCGUCACACGGCGGGCACGGCAGCGGGGCACGUGUGGGCAAGUGACAGCCUCCGGGGACACUUCCUGGACAGUACUUCUAUUUUUGUGAUCCCGCCCCAGCUGCUGGACACCAUUCAGUUCCCCGAGGAGUACAUGGGAGCCCUGCGAAUCACAAUGAUGGCGGUAGACAUCCGGAAGUGCUUCAAGCUGAUCUUUGAGGACGACACGUUUAGGCAGGUGGAUCUCUUCAACCCUAAGCCUAAGAGGAGCAGGAGAUUCUUCGCACUGAUCUAUGACUUCUUGGUGUUCACGGACAGCGUGUUCAAGGAAGUGGAGGAGCGGGAAGAAAAGGUGGGUGCCCUCGCUGAGCAGCGGGACAAGAUGAGGGCCAAGCUACACAAGAUGAAGCAGCAGAUCCAUGAGAGGAGGAUGGAGAACGAAAAGAAUCAGCUGGCGAAGGAAGAGGACAUGAGGAGAGUUGAAGCCAAGACGGAGGAGCUGCAGAGGUGCCAGGAGGAGAAGCUAGCUCUGAAGGCCCAGCUUGAUGCACUGGGACUCUCUCUGGCCAAGCUGGACAUAGCCAUAAAGGACACUGAGCUCAGGACCAUGGAGGCUGGCAGUGAGAAGCAGAGGCUGGAGGGCCUUGUGAUCCAGGCCAGCGAGGAACAGGAGAUCAAGAAGAGGGACGAGAAGUUGGCAGUGCUCAAGGAGGACAACCAGAAGAAGAAGGAUCAUCUGGCCCAGCUGCAGCAGAGAGCCAGCUUCAUCAAUACAACCAAGGAGAAACUGGACAAGCUCAUAGCAAUGCUGCAAGAGAUCCAGCAGGAAAAGUCAAAGGAGAAGGACAUCCAGGCAGCCAUCCAGAAGAGGGUCUCCCAAGUCACCGAACUUCAGGAGGAGAUCAAGGACCAAGAACAGAGUAAUCUGCAAUUAACUCAGCAGCUCACAGCCUCAGAAACCAAGCUGCAACACAUCCACCAGGCGUGGGACCUCAAGCAGGACAGCCUCAACAAAGAGAUCAAGGAGCAGAAACAGGUUCUCGAGGACCUGGAGCGCAACCAGACGGAGCAGGACAUUGUGUGCAAGGAAGUGAGUGAUGACGGCUGA